CCGGAAACUCGGCACUCUUGGAGGAGGCCAACAAGGUGUCGCUGACCAACUUAUCACUGACAAUGGGACUCCUUGCGGGAAUUGCCACAUGCGCGAUGGAAUCAGAGUGCAUCAAACUGCUCGAAUGAGACAAAAUCUACAGGAAACGCAGACGAAGGAUGAGUUGUGGAGUAUAUCUUAUGGGGUGGGGAGUGGUAGCUUGGUUGUAGGUCUGUUACGCGCGCCUUUAGGUUCAACUGAUUUUGGAGACAAAUGCCGUGAUCUGCACUUAGUUUACAUGGCGGUAUGGCAGAUAGUGCUUCCGAAAAGCAACGUCCGGACAUGUGUAGGGCUUCUGUUGUUCAUAACCCUUCGUAAAAAGCCCUUAAGAUCUCAAAUGGGUUGAAGGCGUUAUCCUUUCCUCCAUCCGACCCAUGAUCUCCUCUAGCUCUACAUCGCCUCCAUGGAAGCGGGAUGCCUGCGCUACCAAUUUGAUCGAACGCCUCG